CCCCGAUCUACCCCUCUCUCUCUCUGGCGCCCUCCUCGCGCCACCCAUCUGCCCAUGUCCCAGGGCAAUCCCACUCCCCCGGCGGACUUCCCGCCGGCCACGACGCCGGCCGUCGGGGCUGGGGCCUCGGCUGCCCCGGCCUCCAGCAGCGGGCUAUCUUUCCGCGCGCUCUCGCAGUUUGUUUCGUCGGUCAGCCGCUCUGUGGCCGUGGGUGCCGCGGCUGGCGCGGCCGUGCCGCCGCCGUCACAGCCAGCCGCUGCCACCCCGCCGGCGCCCGGCACCGCGCCCGGCACCGCCCCGGCACCGGUCGGCGCCAACACCCCGCCGGCCGACUCGGACUUCCUCUCCUGGGGCAGCUUCGCCAAGCAGCGGUUGCGCAGCAUUGUCGCCGGUGUCGACAGCUUCGUGGUCACCUUGGCAUCUGACCCGAUCAAGAGCAAGCCCGUCCGUCCGGAGAUCGACUUGGCCGCCGGCCAUCGCAUUCUCGAUCACUAUGAGGCAGUUUGGGAGAUCCUGAUGCGGGCGAACCUGGACAUCGAGACCAAGCUGAAGCAAUGCACGCAGCUGUCGCACCAGGCGCGCAGCCUGGUGGCCGACCACAAUGCCGGCAUCGAGCACUUGGCUCGCGUGGCCGAGACCAGCGUGCCUCUCAUCCAGAAGGCCCUCAAUGAGUGUGCCAGCUCGGUCGAGGCCAUUGCCGGGCAGGUGUUCUUCCUGGAGGAGGAGCUGAACCAGCUGGAGGAAAUGAAGGCCGACUUCGCCCUGCACAGCUGGAUUGCCAAACGCUCGGAGGAGUGGGAGCUCAACGAAAUCCGCAUCCUGCGCCAGGAGCGCUCCCGCAUUGUGGCCACCCACGAGUCGGCGACCGGGUCCCUGCCCAAGUCCGGCACCCUGCCGUCGGGUGUCACCCAGUUGUCCAGGGCAGCGCCGGCCGUCGGGACGCCGGCCCCGGCCGGUGGCCCUGGUGUUGGCGCCGCCGCCGCCGCGCACGAGCCACCCUCCACUGGGCCUGCCACUUCCGACGGGUCUGCCCCUUCUGGCGGGGUCGCCGCUCGCGCUGAGUCUGUCGCCUCUACUGAGGUCAUCAUUUCGGGUGAGUCUGCGGUCUCCGAUGACGGUGGGCCCCCGGUUGAGGGCUCGGCCGUUCCGGUGGACCACUCCCCGACUUCGGCCGACAAGCCGGCCGUCUUGCCCGAGGAUCCCGAUGUCGCCACCGAGGAUCCCGAUGUCGCCACCGAGGAGCCGGCCGCCCCCUCUGAGCCAACUGCUGAGGGUGAUUCACCGAUCGACGAGGCGUCGAGCGGGGCCUCCCCAUAAUGGUCCUGCCACCGAAUGCACACCUGAAUACUUG